CGAACACCGGGCCAAAAGGUCAAAUCCAGGACAAAAGCUUUCUCCUUGGGGCGAUUCACCGAAAUGGACCGCUUAUCAUGAUGCAGUACCAAAGGAACAACUUGAAGCUCCAAACAACUCAACACACCAUCAUAACACCCAGCUUGCUAACAUGGAACCAAAGCAAGAAUUGAAAGAAUGGGAUGGGCCUGCUACUGCUCUUGACCUGAGCAUCAAGAAACCGACUAGUCCCUGGUUAAAAGAUUCUGGAGAGGAUGGGGACACCACUGCUGGAGAGGAGAAACCUUUACGAGGCGAGCUUUCAUCUGGUGGAAGAGAAAACUCGGUUUCAUCUGAAAACGUUGAAGAAGAGGUGAAGGAGAAAUUCUUGCCAAAGGUGAAUAACUUUAAAGCACAUAAAGGACAGCAUAGUGAUUCUGUAUCCUCAAGUGUGGUCGAUAUAGCUGCCUGUCCGUUGCCUGAAUUGCCUCGGGAGGAUAACGUGGAAGGCACACGUAAGGAUGGCACAGAGUGUGCAGAAAGGGAUGACAAUCUAUCAAGUGCAAUGUCUGCGGGCGCGGAUAUACUUCUCCAUCGCCAUGCCGAUUCUCCUUGUCCUCCUCAAGUGACAGAGUCAAUUCCUCCUGCCUUGCCAGUGGAAGAUUCCACCUCACCAUGUAACCUCAAGGUAGAACCGAGAAGUCCAUCACCGCAAGCAACGGACCAUGCCAGUCACGACUCGCCCAUCCCGGAUUCCACAUUUCCUGAAGUGGUGCCAAAGACAGAUCCCGGCAGUCCAACGCCACCCACAGACAGGACUUCAAGCAGCACCAGUAGCACAGAUCAUAGCCCUGGUCCUUCGUGCACCAGUAGCACCGAUGCCAGCCCUGUUCCUUCGAGACCGUUCAGCUGCAUGCUUCCCAUCCUGUCAAUACCCAAGGUUAGACUGAGACAGAAUAGGAGUGAGGGUCAAUCAUCCUGGACUCAUGUGCCGUCGGACUCGCCUUCUCUGAACGUAGGGGGAUACUUCCUAGAUGGAUGUGGAGGGUCAACGUCUGGAGAACAGAGCGGCUUGGAUCCCAUGGAUUACAGCAGUAAGUCUUGGUCAAUGUCAGCGGAAAGUGGAACCGAUGACCCGAUGUUGAGACCCUCCCUUCUUCAGAUGGCUCUACAGCAUGGGUCAACUCAAGUCAACAUUCCAGCCACUUCACAGGCGCUGGAAGAGCAAAUGGAACUGAGACGAACAGGAAGUAGUUUAGGGACAUGCCCCACCUUGCCCAUCAACCCCAAGAAUUCUGGAAAAGCCAAACCUCGUACCAAGACUCGGGAGAAGCGCUACUACCAGUGUGAACAUUGUAAUAUCAUCUAUGAGCAACCCCGUAAGCUCGAACGGCACCUACAAGAUCUUGUCGGCAAACCACCUUACGUGUGCUGUUACUGCGACAUGGCAUUUCCAACUCUUGGCUGUAAGAGGUUUCACUCUCGUCUACAUGAGGACAAGACCAUGCCAUGUCCGUACUGCCCGAAGGUAUUCCAUGAAAGGCGCAGGUAUGAUGAUCAUGUCCGCUCGCAUACAGGCGAAGCACCGUUUAUGUGUCAGGAGUGUGGAAACGUUUACCGUACACGGAGUGCGCUCCGCAUCCACAAACGCACACAUGGCAAUGACAAGCCCUUGCAGUGUCGUUUCUGCCCCAAGCGUUUCAUUCGGAUUGGAGAUGUUCAGGUGCAUGAACGCACCCAUACGGGAGAGAAGCCCUACAAAUGCGGGAUCUGCGAGAGUUCCUUUGCCACCAGCAGCCAAGUCAAUCGCCACAGACGGACACAUUCAGAAGAGCGCCCCCAUCAAUGUUCCUAUUGCAAUAAGACUUUCAAGAAUCCAGACUAUCUGAUAACUCAUGAAAAAAUGCAUCUUGGCCAUAAGCCACACCACUGCAAGUACUGUCCUAAACAGUUCCGUACCCCAAGAGAAUUGGUUCACCAUGAGCGUGUGCAUACAGGCGAGAAGCCCUUUGAGUGCAAGGAGUGUGGACAUCGCUUUUCCAAAAAGACCAAUCUCAAACAGCACGAGUUGCAACACACUGGUAUCAAGUCCUUCAAGUGUUCCAAGUGUCCAAAGUCCUUCUACAGGAAAGCAUCUCUUAUGUGGCAUGAGAAAAUCCACGAGAAUCGGGAACGCUUCCUCUGUAAGGAAUGUGGCAAGCUGUUCUUCAAGGAGUCAUCGCGCGACAAGCAUGUCCGUAAAGCUCACGGUAAAGAUGAGGGAGCCGAAAGUGGCGAUGGGGAUGGUGAUGUCUUGGAGGAGGACGAAGGAGAAGAGGGUGAAUUACAAGAUACUGAAGGUGGAGAAUCAUCCUGUGAAAAAAACCCUGAUACGUAUCCCAGGGCUGCAUCGCGAGAAAAGCGUACUCCGAGUAAAGUUCAAAAUGAUGGAACUGAUAGCACAUGCGAGGAAUGUGGUAAGACGUUUCUGGCCCGCAGAUCACUCCUGCGACAUUACAGAGCAAUUCACAACCGCUACAUCUCCAGAAAUGGAGAGGGUGACUCUCCAGGGACAAAACCGAAGAAAUCCUUCUCUUGUAGAAUAUGCUCUGAGACAUUCCUGACCGAUCAUCUACGGCAUGUGCAUGAAGGUACGCACACCAACGCAUCCUUCACCUGUGAAACGUGCAACAAAACGUUCUCCACUCGCCAGCUCCUCGUGAAGCACCAGAAGAUCCACUCCGAUGUCAAGCCUCACGUCUGUGAAACCUGCGGGAGUGCCUUUACCAUCAAAUGGUACUUGAACAGACACAUCAACAUCGUGCAUUCUGAUGUCUACAGCCAUUCCUGCUCCAUCUGCGACAAGAAAUUCAAAUCCAAGACGGCGCUCAGCGUCCACAUGCAACUCCACAACGUUGAAGGUAAGGUGUACAGAUGCGAUCAAUGUGAUGCAGAGUUUCAUGUUAAGCGCUACCUUGCCAGACACAAGCGAAAGUACCAUCGUGGCAAAGACAGUGCCAAGACUGCUCGCCGUGCCAACACUAAACACAAGGAUGAUGAUGAUGACGAUGAUGACCCUAUGUAUGAUUUUGAUGAUAACAUGGAUGAUGAUGGCUUUGACAUCAUGAAUGAUGAUUCCCAAGCGGUGUCCGGGGUGUUCCUGCGUCAGAUGCUCUCCAAGGGUAGCGACCUGGAUGAUUUCAACAAAUCUUCUAAGGCACUCAACAACCAUGAACAUUCAGAUCUAGAAGACACUACAAAUACUUUAAAUAAUCAUGAAUCCGACAGUAAUAGUGUUCCUAAGGUUGAUAUCGACCAUGAUGGUUCUUCAUUUAAAAAGAUACCUAGCAAAGAUCAAGACAUAGAUCAAGAACACCAAUUAAUGCAAUCUUCUGCUGACAUUGCAAGUACCUCUAAAGAUAUCAGUUUUAACCUUACCCCAGAAGAUGAUAAUGCUGAACCUUUUAUUGACAGGGAGGAUAAUCAUGAUGACGAUGAAGAAGGUGAUAACGAUGAUGAAUACGAUGGUGCUUUUUCCCUUGAUGGUGAUGAAAUGUCAAAUUAUGUUUAACGACUAGAAUAUUCUUAUGCAGCAGUCGAACGACAUGUAACAAAACCGACCCCAGUGAGAUCAAAGCUGUAACGUUAUUUAGAAUGGCAUAUUUUCGAUUGAUGUGAAGUGGGUCUCGUUGGGUCAGUAUAGUUUUAGCGUACAUUUAUCUGUACUUUAGAUAGAGAGAUGAAAUCAACCAAAGCCUUACUCAUUAUUUUGUUAUUCUCAUACCCCAUUUAUUAUGUUAACCAACAUAUACAGGCUUAGAAUAUCCAUGUUACAUCCAUUUUCCAAACCCACCUCCAGACGUUUCCCAGAAACCUCUUUGAGACUCUUCAAAUAAAAUCAAUCUAAACCUGGGAAGUAUUUCAUGAAAAAAAUAAAUUAGUGACAACUGUUAUAAGCUACUGUAAUCCUUGCAUCUGAUUGGCUUAGAACAAAUUAUUCAGUGAAAAUCUCUGACAAUAUACUUCAUGAAUUACUCCUCCGUACAAGUUAAUGUAGUUUUCACCUCGAACUGUAGUUUGUCAAAAAUACUUUGUAUUAGUUUCUUAUAAUGGUAUACAUGUAGUAGACCAAGAAAAACAAAUGAUAAUAACCACAAGAUAAAUUCAUCUCUUGGCUUGACAUUGUUAAAGGCUGAUCUAAAGUGCCAAUUAGCGCCUGUCUUCUUGUAUUUGUAUUAAGAAAUGCAUAAGUUAACUCAUCACCAAUUCAUAGCAGUUUUUUGGACCAGGGCCCUGGGACAUACAGAGCUAGCCACUGAGGGGCUGAGCAUCGAUUAUUGUACAGUUGGGCAAUUCUUGGUCAUGUGUGUGAACGAAAUCAUGACAAAUCUUGGCUUUAAUUAGUUAUAAAUCAAUUUUGUUUUACAGAUUUAUAACUAAUUAUGAUAUUGAAAGUUUAAUUCACUGGAAUUUCAAAAUGAAAUUAAACUUGUGUAUGAUCAAUCAUGAAAUUAAUAAUCGAUCAUGAGGGCUUUAACCCUAAAAGGCCUGGGGGGCCAUAAUGGCCCCCGUAGACGCUUCGCGUCAUAUUUCUGAAACGCAAAACGAUAGCGCCGCAAAAUUUUAUGACUUUUUCUUACGCAACUUUUGAGACCAAAUUCGUGACAUACGGGAAUAGAAUCGCGACGUCACGUGACUUUGUACGAGACAAUGUCAUGCCGAAAAUGGCUCAUUUUUAUACUUUGUGUACAAAGUCUAUGGGAGAUGAAAUUCAUAAAAGGGUGAUUAUUUUUCGUUCUAAUUGGUCUGCUUAAUUAAUUUAGAUGUUUAACGGUCUGUAAUAAUUUCCAUUGAAAAAAACAAUGAGAAACAAAAGAUGAAAAACAAAGAAAUACAUAAGAAAUUCUAAAAACAAAGAAAUACAUAAGGAAAUACUGUCAUUUAAAAGAAAGAAAUGCUUUGAGAUAUGCCUGCCUUGCCAGUGGAUGUACUGAAACAUAACAUAGAAGUGCAGAAAUUUCUGACCCAAUCAAAUUGAUUGAUUGUUAAACAUGAAAUGCAAGAACUUGGUAUAUACUAAAGGCUAAUCUUGUAGUGAUUGUUGUAGCUUAAUUAUGCAUCCUGUGAUAGUCAAUGAUUUUAUUUGUUCUAGUCUGCACAUACUCGUACAGCACUGAAUAUUUUUUUUUUGUCGGGGGGAUGGAUGGGUAAAAAUUGGAUUAGUAUUGUUCUUUAUUUUUGUAUCUUUCUGAUAUUGAUAUUUUUUUUCUAUUACAUAACCAUACACUUUCACCUUACUAUUUUCCCACCAACACAAAAUGUUCAUUUAUUGUUUAACACUUACUAUUUGAAUUUAGGGUAAAAGCACUAGGUCAUAUGCCGUGUCUUGAUGUUUAAAAAACAAUAACAUUGUUUAUCAUGUAAUUUCAUCGAAAAUGACAAGGACUGCAUCAACCAAAUUGUUAAUAGCAGAAACCAAAAUUUGUAAAUUUGAAUUCAAGAUCGCAAUGGGUGUUUGCAAGUUCAUUUUUUACCCUUUUGGUGUUGGUGUUGGGUCAAUUUUUACAUAGAAAACAUAAAAUGCAGUUGGUCCUGAAAAAUCAAUCACUUGGUGUUAAGCUACCAAUGUUGUGAUUGAAUGAAAACUCUGAAUAUGUUUUGGAGCUAGGGAAGCAAUCUAACUUGUGCUUCCAACACCAACACCAGCUCAAACACCAGACUUGAAAUCACCCAAUGAAGUUGGCAGGCAUGCUCUUUUCAGUACCGCUAACAAAUAUUAUUUCUUGCAACCAAGACAUUUGAUGCGGAUUGAUAAAAAGAUACACAAAUGAAACGAUUAAAGGACGAGUCAACAAAUUUGAAGGGAAAUAUUGGUAAGAAGAAAAGAGUAUAAGAAUUAAAAUGAUGAUUCACCGUUGAUAAUUAUGUCCACAAAAUUUGUGAUUGUAAUGAAAAUUAAUGUUUUAAAAUUGUUUAAAGCUUUUCCUAUAUGAUUGUAUUGUGAUGUAAUUAUUUCAUUAUUCUUGGGGAAAAUUUCCCAAUUAUUUCAAUUAUAAUUUGUUUUAAAUUUUGUGUUUUGGAAGUGAUUUUUUUUGCACCAGAUCAAAGCAUUCAUUGGCAAUUAAUGUGUAAAGAUCAAACAUGUUUAUAUUCCAUUGACUGGACAGGGCUGUGUUUGUACGAGUCACAAAUUUUACAUUGUAAACCUUGUCCCGUUGCUGACCCUUCUACAUGUACUUCUAAUUUCCUUGUCGUUAUUUCUUUAAAAGGAACAAUGUUAAUGCUUAAGAAAACGAUGUCAGCCAGACCAUGAUCUAAUAGAUUGAAAGUUUCUUCUUAAUUAUCUCAAUUAUGAAGAGGCUUAAAAGUUACUAUCAUAAUAACUUUUCAAUCUUAGUUGGUAUCUUUGAUGGAAUCCUGAAUUUUUAUUGGUUGUCGGGCAUUGUUACCAUUAGAUGGCAAAUCUAUCAAAUAGAAUUGAUGAAACAGACCCUAGAUAAUUAUAUUUUACCUUCCUUCUCUGCUAUGAUUCCGGUCCCAUUGGCCCAUAUUCUGAAGUCGGGUGUGAUUUAAACUCUGGUCCAAAGUUGUGGAAAGCUAAUUAUGACAUAAAUCUUAGGGAAUAGAGGUUCAAUGAAUCGGGUCAUUUGAUUCUAAGAUCAUCCUUCACUAUCUGGGAUAGAUGAAAAAAACGGUUCAUUUCACUUAUAAAUAAUUAGGAAAGAGCACAGCAAUCAUAAGAAGCAAAUGAUGUAAACAAGAUUUUGACAUGUUUGGCUUUCCAUAAGUUAAACAAGGGUCUGAAUUAGACCUGACUUCUGAUGGACCUUUCUGUCACCCUGUGGUCUUGUAAUCUUCUAGGUCUAGUAGGUAACAUCCAUGGAAUACUUAAUUUUGAUUGGCUGUCGGACAGUGUUACCAUGGCAGCUACCAUUAGAUGUCAAAUUUGGUUUGAUAAAACAGAUCCUAUAUGAUUACCUUGUCUGCUAUGAAUCCGGUCCCUUUCUGUCAGCCUGUGGUCUUAUUAAGUUCUAGGUCCACUUGACUAAAAUAUAUGCCAAGUGAAGUUUCAACUCAUUUUUCUUUUGUCAUGCGAUACAUUUCAAUUCAGACCACCUAUUCUUGCCCAUGAUCCUGUGUUUCAUUGCCUACAUGUGAAUCAACUUUCAUGAAGCUAUUUUGAAAUUUGUGUAUGAUUUUACAAUGGACUUGAAUAUUAAAGGGCCAAAUUAGAUGAUGAGACGUGGCAAUUUUUUCUUGAUUCUUUGCAGCAUAUUUUGGCCUAUACAAAAAAAAAAUCAUGAACUUUCAAUUGUCUUUAUAACCAUUCAUUUGAUAUAAAUAUUGAUUUAAUCUUUCCUGCAAUGUUCCUAAGCAGUCUCAUGUUCAAAUCCUCAACUAAGGACAAAAAAAAUAUUCUAGUUGGAUUUAGGAAUAUUUAAUAUACAUACAUUUGUGCUCAACACUUUUAAUAGUGAACCCCACCACCAUCUGUACUCCUUCAUGCUGAGUGUUGAAUGUAGACAACAACACUACCAUGUUCAGCAAGCCUGGAGAAACACAUUUUAUUUAAUGUAAUAAUUAUUUUAUAGCCUGACUUUCCAAUUGAAUAUCACAAACAUGGCAGAAUGUGAACACUUAGUAUAUAUUUAUUUUUUGGUGGUUUUCACUAACCUUUGAUCACCACUGUAUAUAUCUUAUUUCAACUUGUAUGGUCUGAAAUGAUGAAAAGUCACACAUGACUUGCAAUAUCUGAUUUGUUCAUAAAGUCAUUUUCAGUUUGCGAAUAGCUUACUGAAACAUAAAUGCAUUGUGACACAAAACAUAUGUAUUAAUGUUAGGGUUGACAUUUGUACAUUGUGGUCAUUGCAAUCAAUUGUAAAGAUGCAUUCUAAGAUUUGUGUUAUGUACCCCUGGACCUUGUUUCAUAAAGUUCAGUUAUCAGUCUUAGGGUUGAUUUUUACAAUUAAUAGCAUUGAUCAUUAUGUUCUAUCAAUUUUACUUAUCAACAUGAAAUCAAGUACAAAUCUAUGUGUUAAGGGGCCAAGGUCUAGUGAGUUAUUGAGAAUCAUCCUACAUGUGUAUCUUAACAACUCUGUGCAUUCAUAUUUUGUCAUCAAUAUGUUACAAUUUAUAUCAUGAAAAACAAUUGAUAUAAUGAUUAGUAAGUACAUGUGUGCACCUUUUAAUAUACUGUACAUAAUGCAAUUAAAGAUGGGAUAUUAUGUUAUAUAACAUGUAUGUAAUUAUAACUGAUGGUAAUUCUUAGUAUGUAAUAUUAUGAAGCAAAUCAUUGUUGUUUAAUAGUCAUUGAUGCGUAUUGUGCAAACUGGUAUGUGUUGUAAGUAUAUUUGUGGAAUGAAAAUAUAGCCAUAUUGAUAGAUACUGGA